AUGUUUUGUGGGGUAUCUGUUUUUUCAUCGCAGUGGUGUGACGAGACAAUAGAAAAAGAACAAAUCUCACCAGAUGCGCCAAUUUUCGUUUCCUUUCCUCACUUUUAUCUUGGCGACCCAGUGCUUCUGGAAACAGUAGAAGGUCUGAAACCUGAUCCAAAAAGGCACGAAAUGUACCUCGACCUCCAUUCGGAACUGGGUGUUCCACUGUCAGGGAAGUCGGCAUUCCAGGUGAAUGUGAUGGUGAUGAAAGCAAAUGGCGUCGAUCAUCUCGACGCUUUUAACGACAGAGACAUUCUACCAAUUUCAUGGGUGAAUGUGCAUUUUCAAGAAGGUGCUGGACGAGCUGCCGGCGAGCUGCGCUUCGCCAUGUACCACGUGACGUUCAGCGUACGCGCGCUGCAGCUGGUGCUCAUGUACGGGCUGCCGGCGGUGGCCGCGUGCUGCGCGCUGGCGCUGCUGCGCGAGUGGUUGCGCGCGCGGCCGCCUGCGCGCGCCGCGCCGCCGCCCGUGCCGGCCGCCACCCGCCCGCCUCAUCGCCCUCAGGCCCCGACGACAUCCUCGUCGCGCCCUAGGCCACGCCACUCACCCACCCAGCACCCGCAUCCGCUCCGUUGCUAG